GCGGCGUUGGCUUGAUAGUGUUUUCAAGUUCAAGCCAAUAACGUAUCAGCUUCUGUCCACGCAUGACGGGUUCACAUCACGCGAGAAGUGCCAUCGAAUGCUGGUGAACAUGGGCGUCUGCGUAGUCCUCACGCAUGCGGAACAUUCAGGUGUGCUCAAGUGCAGAACAGAUGAUACGAAGGAUCUAUCCGGAUUUCUGCCAGCGCUGAAGUCAGUGCGGUUCCGCGUGGAGGUGCAGAGGCCGACGCCUGUGCAAAUCACUGCUGGAUGUCAGGUUGUACUACACUUGAUACAGGAAAGGGGCACGUUAUCAAGCUUCCAGGUAAUUUAUCAAAGGCUGAGAAGGAACUGGGAGUUGGACAUUCCACGAAUGCUGAUGACACCGAAUAGCCCACUUUUCAGCCCCACAGAAACCGAGAUGGGAGGGUACGAAUUUAGCGAGAGGUUGGCGUACGUUGAUUAGCUCGCCAACAUUGGUAUUCAAAUUUUGUGUCUCAGCUAUGGAAGUGGACCAUCCAUCAUCAUCAUUGUACUUGCGAACCGUGAUGGCGGUUCAAUGAGGAGCGUGUCAUCACGAUC